CUAACCUUAACCACUGCAUGCCGGCUCCCUAACCUUCACUCUAAGCUGACCCAGGAUCAGUGGUGAAGAGGAAAUGUCUACCUGCUCCACCUCCCACCCACGGGCCAGCUCUCCCUGCCCUCACCCACGGGCCAGCUCUCCCUACCCUCACCCACGGGCCAGCUCUCCCUGCCCUCACCCACGGGCCAGCUCUCCCUGCCCUCACCCACGGGCCAGCUCUCCCUGCCCUCACCCACGGGCCAGCUCUCCCUGCCCUCACCCACGGGACAGCUCUCCCUGCCCUCACCCACAGGACAGCUCUCCCUGCCCUCACCCACGGGCCAGUUCUCCCUGCCCUCACCCACGGGCCAGCUCUCCCUGCCCUCACCCACGGGCCAGCUCUCCCUGCCCUCACCCACAGGACAGUUCUCCCUGCCCUCACCCACAGGGGAUGUGUUUUUGCUCUGAGAAGAUGGUGGCUGGAUCCAUAGAGAAGGUGCUCCCAUGUCACAGACUUGGACUCCUACUAUGGACUACCCUCCCCACUGUUCCCCAGUCCACUGGGACGUAGAUGGGCGGUUUUGUCCAUCGUUGGCUGAUCCUUCAACCUCCGCUAUGUAAAGGCCGUACUAAACCCAACAUUUUGCGAAAAGCAACUUUUCCCAUCUACGCGCAUCCAUCUACAGUCAAAAUGACCACACAUGAGCUUGGAAAAUAUUGUACGGUGUGACUGUAUCAGUUUGACUGUGUGUUUAUUUUUUUAACGUAUGAAUUCUGGAAGACUGAAUGAAGUGUGUGUGUGUGUGUCACACGGAUAGGUGUUAAUGAUUACAGAUAUGAGGACAGACACAUGGUGACGUUUAUGGGGUUUUAACUAUUUGGAAAUUGUGAGGUGUGUAAUAUGACCCAGAGUCCUUGCUACACAUUGCUAAAGCAUUGUGUGUGUGUGUGUAUUGCUGUCUCCCGGUGGUCCGUGGGCGUAACCGCUGGUGUCCUGUGAGAAAUGUUAACUCAUGUUCUAUGAUGUUUAUUGUUUGACACAUAAUGUUGAUAAUUAUAAUACACUCGAUUCCAUCCUCAUUCGCUUCAAUACAAUAAAGCACCGGCUGCUAAACUG